CCGUCUCGAGCCGUAAACCCUGAACCAGGAUGUUUUGAAAAUCAUGUCAUCACCAACCUACAGCGACUCCGAAAGCGAAAUUCCCCUCACAUUCCCGCGGUCGAAACGGCAUAGUAGUAGUGGCAGCGGGAUAAGGAAACCUGCCGCCGAUCUGAUCACCGCAUUGCCCGACUCUGUACUCGGUCACGUUCUCUCCUUCUUACCAAUCGAAGACGCCAUCAGAUCUCAGAUUCUAUCCAAACGCUGGCAAUACCUUUGGACUUACUCCACGUCCCUCGUUUUCCGUGAUUCCAAUUCUUCUGACAAAAGCGUUAGUGACUUUGUUACCUUUGUUGAUAGAACCCUCGUUCUCUGCGCCUGUUCUAAGGUCACGAAAUUGGGGGUUCAGUUUGCGUAUGAGCCGGAUUACGCUUCCAAUGUCAAUCUGUGGACUCGAUUCGCAGCAGGGAGGGGGGCGGAGGAGCUUCAGCUUGACUUGGUGAAUUACUCGGGUGAUUUUGAUGUGGAUGAUUAUUACUUGGUACCAGAGCUUCUAUAUACUAAUUCGUCGUUUAAAGCAUUGCAGUUUUCUGAGUGCAAGGUGAUGCCCAAAGGAGUUGUUUGUUGGCAUUCGCUGAAGAAAUUGUCAAUUGGGCGUGCAAAAUUGAGUGAAGAUGUGAUUCAGAAGAUAUUAGCGGGUAGUCCUGUGUUGGAGAUUCUGGAGUUGUGUUACUGUUAUGGUUUCAAUCGUGUGCAUGUUAGUGAUGCAAGUUUGAAGAAACUGAUACUAAGAGAUGGUGAUUAUGAUGAUGAUGGCGACGGUGGGCACCAUCCUGUGUUGGAAAUUUCAGCUCCUCAUCUUCAUUCGUUGGAGAUUACGGGUGAUUUAGGACGUAAAAUUUGUCGGCUUGGGGAUGUAUCGUCUUUGGUUGAUGCUAACAUCAGUUUUCGCAUAUGGUAUCGAUAUUACUGCUCAGAUGAUUACAAGGUGCACACAGAUAUGUUUGCAGGACUUCUCCAGAGCCUUGUUCAUGUGAAGAAGAUUACUUUAGGCAGUUGGGCUAUACAGGUGCUAUCUAUAAUGGAAGCAAAAGGUUUGCACUCUCCGCUGUUGAAGUGUGAAUGCUUAACACUCGAUACAGAUAUCAGGAAAAAAGUUCUCCCUGGUAUAGCACACAUGUUGGACAGUUCACGUAAUCUGGAGACGCUAGUCAUAUCCUCGGCCCCUUACCACUGUCAUGAGCUGCAAGACAGGGAACCGGCGUUAGUGCUUGGUCAGCCAGUGAACCAGUAGGCACUUUGAGUGGUUGCGUGUGGUGAGCCAUGUGGCCGAACCAUGAUUUGAUCUGUUUCUCCUUGCUGGGGCUGAUUGUGGUUCUCUCUUUCUGUUUUUAAAGCUGCUUUGGAUGAGUUUACUUGUUCUCUGGUCUUGGACCAAAUCUUCAGAAAAGCCAGAUUUUCUUUUCUGGAGUUCUUGCUUCUGUGCCACGUGGCCGAACUGGUCAAUUUGGCACUGACAUGGCUUCCCCUCCAGCACACUUCACCUUUAACAGCCUGACCCGACAUCCAGCUCAGCCCAAGUCAAUCAUGGGCCCACUCGGCUGCUAGGGGCGUUGGACAUCGAGCUGCCUGGGCCUUCCCCAAAUUUGGCCUAUACGAACGGUCCUGGCACAUGACCCACCAUCUGGCCCACUUCACAGUCACUUGUACUUGGUAGAUGCUGGAAUUUGUUGGUUGUAGGGAGAGAUAGAUUAGCCAUUUCUUGGGUUUAGAAGCUAUAUUCUGUCGUAAAUAUUUCCCCAUCAUUUAUAUGUCUUCAUAGUUCAUAAUAACCUUUGUAUCUGACCACUGACUUUGAAUCCUUUUAAUUAGUAUAAGAAGUCGUUCUUUCAUAAAACUGCAUUGAUGGCCUUAAACUUAUGGAGAAUGUCAUCUGGAUGUAUU